CGGCUUCGCCUCUUCCGUCCGCCGCGGCCGCGGAGUCCAGCUGGGAGCUAUGGCUCCCGGGGCGGCGCGGCGGGCCCGACGCAGGGCCCGGGGCGCGCUGCCGGCCGGGGCGCGGGCUCGCUCGGCCGAGGACUGGUGGUGGGACCAGCUGGCGCCGAGCGGCUCCGGGUACCACCUGCUGCAGUCGGACAGCAUGCUGCUGGUGCUGCCGGGCCCGGGGCCUGCCCGCACUCGCGUGCAGAGGCGUGCCGCCCGCCGCGCUCAGCGGCUGCUGCCCCCCGCGUCCCGCGCCUCGGCCGCCAAGGCCAGGCCUAGGGCUGCGCCCGCUGCGGAGCCGCAGCAGGGGCCCGACCCGGGCUGGGGCGACCGCAUCCCCCUGGAAAUCCUGGUGCAGAUUUUCGGGCUGCUGGUGGCGGCCGAUGGGCCCAUGCCUUUCCUCGGCAGGGCUGCACGCGUGUGCCGCCGCUGGCACGAGGCCUCCUCCCAGCCCGCGCUCUGGCACACCGUGACCCUGUCGCCCCCGCUGGCUGGCCGCCUCGCCAAGAGCGGAGCCAAGGCCGAGAAGAAGGUUCUCGCCUCUCUGGAGUGGCUUAUGCCCAAUCGGUUCUCCCAGCUCCAGAGGCUGACCCUCAUCCACUGGAAGUCCCAGGUACACCCCGUGUUGAAGCUGGUCAGCGAGUCCUGUCCUCGACUCACCUUCCUCAAGCUUUCUGAUUGCCAUGGUGUGACCCCUGACACUCUGGUCAUGCUAGCCAAAGCCUGCCCCCAGCUCCACAGCCUGGAUAUACAGCACUCCAUGGUGGAGUCCACAGCCGUGGUGAACUUCUUGGAGGAGGCAGGGCCCCGAAUGCGCAAACUGUGGCUGACCUACAGCUCCCAGACAACAGCCAUUUUGGGUGCGCUGCUGGGCAGCUGUUGCCCCCAGCUCCAGGUCCUGGAGGUGAGCACCGGCAUCAAUCGCAACAGCACUCCUCUCCAGCUGCCUGUUGAGGCUCUGCAGAAGGGCUGCCCCCAGCUGCAGGUGCUGCGGCUGCUGAACCUGAUGUGGCUGCCCAAGCCUCCCGGGCGAGUGGUGACUCCUGGCCCAGGCUUCCCCAGCCUUGAGGAGCUCUGCCUUGCUGGCUGCACCUGCAACUUUGUCAGCAAUGAGGCCCUGGGCCGCCUGCUCCACGGCUCCCCUCAUCUGCGCCUGCUGGAUCUUCGUGGCUGUGCCCGCAUCACACCUGCUGGCCUGCAUGAUCUGCCGUGUCAGGAGCUAGAGCAGCUUCACUUGGGUCUUUAUGGCACAUCCGACUGGCUGACUCUAGCCAAAGAGGGCAGCCACCUGUUGACCCAGAAGUGGUGCCACACUCUGCGGGAGCUGGACUUGAGUGGCCAGGGCUUCAGCGAGAAGGACUUGGAGCAGGCCUUAGCUACCUUCUCAGCCACCCCUGGGGGCUCACCCCCAGCCUUGUGCUCUGUCAACCUCAGGGGCACCCGGGUCACACCAAGCACGGUCAGCUCUGUGAUCAGCAGCUGCACAGGCCUGCUCUACCUCAACCUGGAGUCCUGCCGCCGCCUUCCUCGGGGCCUGAAGCGGGCCUACCGAGGCCAGGAGGAAGUCCAGUGGUGCCUGGAGCAGCUGCUCACCGCCUGCCCUCCUCCAGCUAGGCAGUCCCAGACCCCUGACCCUCAGGUAGCCAGCGGCGCCCUCCACCCUUUUCGCAUUUUGGAUGUUUGAGCAUUUUGUUACAAUAAAACAUUUUUAGGAA